AUGAACAGAUUCUUGAGAUUGAACUACUGCAUCUGUAAAGAAGAACGAACCUAUGAUGUAGAUGGUUGGCUUGCUGCAUGGAAGGCGAGUGGCUUCAUGUCAUGGGACGCAUGUAACUUAAAAACUCUCCAGGCAGCUCUUCCAAAAGACCUUGAACAACAGAAAUUAAUAUGCCCACCUGUUACAUUAAUCGCACAGCUAUACGCCUUCAAAUAA